AUCUUUAAUAGUUUAUUAUCUUUUUUUUUAUACACAUUGAUCAAAUCGAGAUGAACUUGUGCCGUUCUUCUGUCGUUGGUGUCGGUUUAAGAUUGUGUUUAGGAGCUAGUCCUUCCUCAUAUAACAUAAACCCUACAAAGACAUAAAACUCUCGGGUGAUCCACCUUGAGAUAUGUAAGUACUGCACAUCAGAAUUGCACCCGUCUUGCAUUUUCUAGAGGAAGGAUCUGGAUAAUUUUUUCGAAACAAACACUUUCCUAGUGACUUGCCAAAGCUUGUGGAUAAUAUAUCCAAGGAAGCACAUGAACUACCGAACUUCAUUAGAUGCUGUAUAUGAUCUUUUUUUCUGAAUGAAAGACUGUUCGAAGUAUUUGGAGGAAGUCAAUCCACUGUGUAUCCAAGUAACAUCAAGCCGUGCUCUGACCUUAAUAAUGUACCCAACUCCCGCCAGAUGAGGACUAAAUGAAAGGCUGAAUAUAUGACCUGACAUUAUUGAUAAAUGUGUAAAUUACUGUAAUAUAAUUGCAUGUAUACCAUGUCGUAAUCUAUACCAUAAGUGAAAGACGUGUUAUAUACCUAUUUAAAUUAAGUAUAACAAUCUUAAAGUAUCGGUUUUCUAGGCAUGUGUUUAGUUUGUAAUCAAAGAUAAAAUCCAAUUUAAUAAAUAGUUGAAAUAGUGUUAUCUUUUCUCCCUGUAUUACCUUAAAUUAAGUGUGAAAACGCGAACAAAAAAAACCUUACAAGAUAUUACAAUGAAGGUCUAAACUGCCUGCCAUACACAUCGAUAAGUACUACCAGUACCAAGUUAAGACGAUGAUAGAUUUAUGGACUGUUUUUCUUGCCUUUGUGGUAAUUAUUUUGUUCGUGUGGUGGAGGAAUACCUCUCGAGACUCCUCCUUACCCCCGGGUCCACCCACGCUUCCUUUCUUGGGAAAUCUGCUGUCUGUUUCUCCUGAUGCUAUCGUGGAUAAUUUCAUGUCAUAUAGAGAGAAGUAUGGAGACGUUUUCAGCUUGAUUACAGGAACUAAAACAAUGGUUGUUGUAAACGGACUGGACACCAUUCGAGAUAUUUUUAUUAAGCAUGGGGACAUCGUCUCCGAAAGGCCAGAUAUUUUUGCAACCAAAGAAAUAGCCAAAUAUAAAGGUGUCAUCCUUGCCUCGGGUGAAUUUUGGAAGGAACAUAGAACAUUCAGUCUAAAUGCUCUCCGAGAGUUUGGAUUUGGAAAACGAAGCUUGGAAUCGAAAAUAUUGGAGGAAGUGCGAGUUUUUGUCCAAGAAGUUCAGUCAAAAAAUGGACAACCAUUCGAUAUGCAAGCGUUGAUAACUGUGUGCGUCUCAAAUAUCAUGUGUUCUAUUAACUUUGGUGAAAGAUUUGAACAUAACGACAAAUACUUCACGUCGCUCAUCAAAUCAAUCAAUGAAAACCUUAGCAACGGAAAUAUCAUGUUUGUAGCAACCAUUCUUCCGUUUUUGAGGUAUGUCCCGGGUGAUCCAUUAAAGAUAAGAAAAGCAUUGAAGAAUGUUAAUAUGGUGGAAGAGUAUCUCAAUAAAAUUAUCACUGAUCACAAACAAAGCUUUGAUGAAAACAAUCUCAGAGACUUCAUCGAUGUAUAUUUGAAGAAAAUGAAAUCGGAAGAGAGCAAUCCAGACACGACUUUUGAUGACACACAGUUGAUAAAAAUUUUGGGAGAUCUUUUUGUCGCUGGAACGGAAACAACGUCUACAGCACUUAGAUGGUUUGCUGUUUUUAUGAUCAGGAAUCCAGAAGUGCAGGAAAAGAUGCGCAAAGAAAUUAAUGACGUCAUAGGAAAUAGCAGGUACCCCACUAUGAACGACAGACCAAAUCUUCCAUACACAGAAGCAGUUCUUCACGAGGUUCUCCGUAUUGGAUGUAUCGUGCCUUUAUCUGUUCCCCAUGGAUUAAAAAAUGAUUUUAAAUUCAAAGAAUUUGUUAUCCCAAAAGAUGCCAUUUUAAUCCCUAAUCUAUAUUCUGUACUUUUUGACUCCAACGUAUUUGAGGAUCCGGAAGUCUUCAGACCGGAGAGAUUCUUGGACGCCGAGGGAAGAUUAAUUAACACGGACAAAGUCAUAACAUUUUCUGUUGGUCGUCGUGUUUGCCUUGGUGAAUCCUUGGCCAGGAUGGAGUUGUUUCUUUUUGCUUCAUCCAUAGUACAGCGAUUUAGAAUCCUUCCUGCUGAUCCCCAACAGAUACCACCACUAAAGGGGGUUCUCGGGGUGACUUAUGGUCCAAAGGACGUCUUACUUAAGGCAACCAGUGUUUAGUUGUGAAACUUCUUUAAUAGUUUCUUAUCGUCUUUAUUGAUAUACAUUGAUCAAAUUGAGAUGAACUGAUGCGGUACUUCUGUCUUGGUGUCGGUUUCAGAUUUCGUCUAUAUAGGAGCUAGUUCUUUCUCAUAUAACCAAAAACACUACAAGGACAAAACAUCCACGGGUGAUCCAUCUUGAGAUGUUUAUGGGAACUAUUGCACAUCACAACUGCACCCUUUCUACAAAAAACCCUUCAUUGACGUGCAUUUUUUAAUUUGUUCGAAUUGCUGAUUAAAACA